CCUCCUUCUAGCCGGAUAAAAACCGCGCGCGCGCGCGUGCACACGACACGACACGGCUCAGCUCCCAGCUCCUCGUCCUCCGGCUCUCGUACGCAGCCGCUCCGCUAGCUUGGCACCACCUCCACUCACCGCCCGCCUUGGCGCCAUGGCGGCUGCCGCGGCGGCGGCGGCGCAGAACCACGUCCUCCUCUCCGCGCGCUACCGACGCGCACCGGCGCGGCAGCAGCUCGCCUCGGUCUCGGUCUGCUGCGUCCUGCGGCCGAGGUGGGCGCCCACGCCGACGCGGCUGGUGACGUCCGGUAGGAGGGGGGCCUUCCGCUUCCGGGCGCCGCGCGCGGGCAUGGACAUGGACCUCGCCAGCGGCGCCGUGGAGGUGAUCAACGACCUGGGCUUCGACACGCUCACCUUCCUCGGCGUCACGGUCCUCGUCGUCCCCGCCUUCCGCGUCGUCAAGGCCAGCCCAAUUCUUGGCUUCUUCUGCGCCGGCGUCGCGCUCAACCAGUUCGGCCUCAUCAGGAACCUCACCGACGUCAAGCUUCUCUCCGAGUGGGGAAUCCUUUUUCUGCUGUUCGAGAUGGGGCUGGAACUCUCCCUGUCUCGCCUCAAGGCUCUUGCGAGGUACGCCUUUGGGAUGGGCUUGCCUCAGGUUCUUUUGUCAACCCUUGCUUUUGCGGCGUUCGAGCUUCCUCCUAAUGGUGCAAUUGGAACAAAAAUAUUGCAGUUCCUCUUUGAUUCAAGGCCUGAUCUGGUGAACAUCAGGAGUGUUGACGAAGCAAUAGUAAUUGGAGCUGCCCUCUCACUAUCUUCAUCUGCUUUUGUUCUUCAGCUUCUUGCUGAGAAAGGUGAACUUCCAACAAGAUUUGGUUCAGCUACACUGGGAAUCCUCCUCCUGCAGGACAUUGCAGUUGUUCCUCUGUUGGUCAUACUCCCUGUGCUAGAAAGUCAGAAUAUCGUGGAGCAAAGUGUGUGGCCAAUGUUACUAGCUGAAAGCUUAAAAGCAUUGGGAGGACUUGGUCUACUUUCCCUUGGUGGGAAAUACCUCAUCAGGCGCAUCUUUGAGUUUGUUGCAGAGUCACGGAGUUCAGAGGCAUUUGUUGCGCUCUGUCUUCUUACCGUUGCAGGGACAUCACUUCUCACCCAAAAGUUGGGAUUUAGUGAUACAUUAGGUGCAUUUCUGGCUGGAGCCAUUCUAGCAGAAACAAAUUUCCGUACACAAAUUGAAGCCGACAUAAGGCCAUUCAGAGGCUUGUUGCUUGGAUUGUUCUUUGUGACUACAGGGACUUCCAUUGACAUGCAGCUUCUCAUCCGGGAGUGGCCUAAUGUUCUAUCGCUGUUGGGAGGUCUUAUUGCAAUCAAGACAUUGAUAAUUACCGCAAUUGGGCCAAGAGUCGGACUAACUCUUCAAGAAAGUGUUAGGAUAGGACUGCUACUUUCUCAAGGAGGCGAGUUUGGGUUCGUGGUCUUUUCUUUGGCCAACAGGCUCGGUGUCCUACCACUUGAGUUGAAUAAACUGCUCAUAAUUGUUGUUGUGCUGUCGAUGGCAUUAACUCCAUUACUCAAUGAAGUUGGAAGAAGAGCAGCAGGGAUCAUUGAUGAGAAAUCUGAACAAAAAGAAAAACCUGCUGAGAUGGUGAACUAUGGUGCAACUGAACCUAUUGUAAUUCUUGGUUUUGGAGAGAUGGGACAGGUCCUUGCAAAAUUCUUAUCUGCACCAUUAUCGUUUGGGAUUGACCAAGACGCAGAAGGAUGGCCAUAUGUUGCGUUCGAUCUAAAUCCUGCUGUUGUAAAGUCAGCUAGAAAAUCAGGAUUUCCUGUGCUAUAUGGAGAUGGUUCACGCCCUGCGGUUCUGCAAUCUGCCGGCGUAACAUUUCCAAAAGCUGUCAUGGUCAUGUAUACCGGAAAGGAAAAAACAAUUGAGGCUGUAAACAGAUUGCGGCAAGCUUUUACUGCGGUUCCGAUAUAUGCUAGGGCUCAAGACCUCCCUCAUUUGUUAGAUCUGAAGAAAGCAGGCGCAACAGAUGUUGUCCUGGAAAACGCGGAGACUAGCUUGCAGCUAGGUUCAAUACUUUUAAAAGGACUGGGCGUCAUGUCUGAUGAUGUAUCCUUCUUGAGUAAGCUUGUGAGAGAUUCGAUGGAGUUACAAGCUCAGGAAGCACUAAAAGAUAUCGGGAACCGAGAAAUCGAUAUGAUGAAGCCUCUUCAGGUAAGAGUAUCAGAUUUAGUGGAGAACAAUGGGAAUAAUUCAAGAAUGAUAGCCCAGAAGCAAUCACUAAGCCUAAGUAGUCGCCCAGACGUAAUAGUAGUGAAAUCGCCUAAGAAUAGGAAUCUGAUACCUGAUGGAAAGGUGGAAAAUGACGGGCCAGGAUAUGACUUGGACGAUACAGAGUCUGGAGAUGGUGUGAAAUAUUGUCUUUUGGAAACCGCUGACGACAACGGUGAGCAGCCGGAGCCUCCAGUACCAGCAAGGAAAUGAUUGAUCAAUCUGCUUGAUGCCAGGGCAUAUGUCAAGAUGAAGAUAGGAAAAUAAUCUACUUCUAGGAUUAAGUUCAUUGGUAAUUACGGAUCGAUCGGAACACCGCUUUUCUUGUGCAGCACCUAUAGGUUUCAUGCAGCACUUCUAGAGACUGAAAUACUGCAAAGUUGUACAUAUGGAGUCCUACAGAAUACCAAUCAUAAAUCCUGUGGCAGGUGGAGAUUUCAUGCAGCACAUAUAAAUACUGAAAUAUUGAAUUUAAGUUGCGUUGUAUGGACUACCAAUCAUAAAUCAUGUCGAAGAUGGAGAAACUUGCAGCUGAGAAAUUGAAACUAAGUGCUAUGCAAUUUGCCAAUGCAGUUGAGUGCACGGAUUUGGCAAGAUCAGAUUGAACUACCAACAUUUCAUAAUUUAGAAUAGCAUUUUUCACAGCACAGUUUAUGCAGAUUGAAGUCACGGUGUGAUAAAUUCCCAUUGAUAGAUAUUCUUAUACCAUAUUUGUAUCCGAUUCCUUGUGUGUACUAGACCGUACAUUCCUGCUAAAUAUAACUUUUUAUCUCUGCA